AUGGCCGCCGUUCAGGAAUUGGCCGAGCGCCUCAAGUCCGAUGACAAGGUCUACGUCGACACCGACGCCGGCGUUGACGAGCCCACGACCGCGGGUACCGAGUCCUCCCCCUUCAAGUCGCUUGCCGCUGCGUACAUCGCCAACAACGACUCCGUCACCUCGCGUCAGUUCCUCACCCGCGCCUCCAAGACGGGCGACGACGAGGCCGCGCGCCUUGAGUGGAAGGAGCCCGCAAAGAGUGCCGUGAAGAAGGCCCAGUCCGCCCUCGACGCCCACCGCAAGAAGCUGGCAAAGCAGGCCCAGAUCGAGGCCAAGGAGGAGGAGCUGAAGAAGGCCCGCCAGCAGGCCCUCGAGGCCGCCAAGCUGGUCGUUAUCAAGGAGGAUGAGUCGCUUCCCCCGGCGAAACGCAUCAACAUUGGCGAGAAGAACGUCCAGCUCGGCGAGGGUGAUAAGAAGGGAGACCGCGUCAAGAUUGCGGGACGUAUCCACAGGCUGCGUGCUCAGAAACAAGCCACCUUCAUCACUCUGGUCGACGGCUACGGCCACCUCCAGUGCGUGCUCCAGGCCGGCGACCUGACCAAGACGUACGAUGCCCUCACCUUCGCCCAGGGCACCUCUCUCUGGGUGUACGGCGAGCUGAAGAAGGUUCCCGAGGGCCAGACGGCCCCCGACAACCGUGAACUCCACGUCGAUUACUACAAGGUCAUUGGUACCUCGCCCACUGACGAGGAUGCCAUCACCAACAAGGUAUCGCUGCUGCAGAACCAGUGGGACUCGCAGAUGCUGGACAACCGCCACCUGGUCCUCCGCGGCGACAACGCCUCCGCCAUCAUGAAAAUCCGUGCUGCCGUCGAGUGGGCCUUCUGCAAGACUUACAAGGACCUCAAGAUCACAAAGGUGUCGCCUCCGGCUCUGGUCCAGACCCAGGUCGAGGGUGGUGCCACGCUCUUCUCCGUCCCCUACUACGACGAGGCCGCCUACCUCACCCAGUCCUCUCAGCUGUACCUCGAGACCGUCCUUCCCAGCCUUGGCAGCGUCUACUGUAUCGAGAAGUCCUUCCGUGCCGAGCGCAGCUUGACCCGCAGGCAUCUUGCCGAGUACACCCAUGUCGAGGCCGAGCUCGACUUCAUCGAGUUCCCCGACCUGCUCGAGCAUCUCGAGGAGGUCAUGUGCCGCGUCAUCGACAACGUCUUGGCCGACGAAGAAAUCGCUGCCUUCAUCAAGGAGCUCAACCCCGACUUCAAGAAGCCGGUCCGCCCCUUCAUGCGCAUGAAGUACACCGACGCCAUCGACUGGCUCAACGCCCAGGACCCCCCCAUCCUCAACGAGGAUGGCGAGCCGCACAAGUUUGGCGACGACAUCGCCGAGGCUGCUGAGCGCAAGAUGACGGAUGCCAUCAACAAGCCCAUCUUCCUCACUCACUUCCCUACCGAGAUCAAGGCUUUCUACAUGAAGAAGGACCCCAACGACCCGCGCGUCACCGAGAGCGUCGACUGCCUCAUGCCCGGCGUCGGAGAGAUUGUCGGUGGUUCCAUGAGAAUGGAGGGCUACGAGGAGCUCAUGGCCGCCUACGAUAGAGAGGGUAUCCCGUCCAAGGACUACUACUGGUACACCGACCAGCGAAAGUACGGCACCUCCCCCCACGGCGGCUACGGUCUCGGUCUCGAGCGCUUCUUGGCCUGGCUGGCCAACCAGCACACCGUUCGCACAACGUGCCUGUACCCUCGCUACAUGGGACGCUGCAAGCCUUGA